UUCCCGCCAGAGCGAUGCGUGCGGCUGCUUCGAAUCGUCUUCUACGGCUUCGCGAUCGAUUCCUUCCGGAAGCGGUACCUCGCGCGGAUGGCUGGGCAGCUGCGGCAGCGGAUCUACGGCAAGAUCGAGCCCGUGGAUUUGAUCCCCGCGCACGUGUACGACCGCGAGACGGGCGUGCUGGUGUGGGGACUCACGUUUCUCGCCGCGCUGGAUUCGCUCGGUCUGCCGUGAAAGGCUUGGGCGCGUCGACGGUCGUGCUCGGUAUUCUCGCGUCCGUGGUGCUCAGGGACACGGUCGCGAACUACUUCGGCGGGCUCAUCGUCAUCGCGUCCGGGUGGUUCUCUCCGAAGGAAGUCGUCCGAGUGUUGGUGCAACGGCGGGAAAUAUCCGGACGCGUGGAACACAUCGGCUUGAUGUACACGAAGCUCAUCAACCGCGCGGGGAAGGUGGCGUACAUCCCGAACUCGCAGAUGGUCGCGCAUAAGGUUGAGAACUUGUCCAGGGCGCCGUACCGCGAGUUCCGCGAGCAGCUCGCGAUUCCGUUUAAAGACCUCGGGCACGUGCCGGAUAUUCAAGAGCGCAUCGAGGCGUUUCUUCGGAGCACCGCGGGCGCGGACGUCAUGCGCGGCGUCUCGCUCGCGCCGCGGUGCACGCUCACGGGGAUCAACUCCUUCGCUGGCGGCGCGGUGUUAGAAGUCGUGUGCUACAACGACUACCGCUCGUUGAGGCAGGCGGGGUACACGACGAUGCGUCUGCGGCAUCACAUUUUUCUCGGCAUCGCGGAGAUUUUCGAGUCGCUCGGCGUCGACUUUGCCAUCGCGGGGAACGGCGCGAUGAACACGGGCGGGCCGCAGAACUUGGAGGACAACGGCCUGGAAGGGUGGGACAGCACCGCGCAGGCGGGGCAGGGGAGGAAAGACGACGCGAUGGGGGACCUCCUCGACGACCGCGCCGCCGUGGGGUUGUACGCGAAGACGCCGUGGUUGUGA